UGGACGUAAAAAAUGAACCUUAUUAACACCAAUGCCAUUCAUACAACAUAAAUGUUACUUGUUAAAAACGUGAACAGUGAGUUCCAUUAUCAGACCAAAAUGGCAACAUUCUUCAUAUGUAUUACCACCUUUGCAAACCAAAACGACUAAAGGUCGAUAUUUUUCAAUGGAUUCACCGCGAACAAAAAAGAUUAUAAUUAAUAAGACGUCGAAAAAUGGUCAUCCCAAGGAGGAGGCAAAUUUCUUGUCACACUUUUUAUUCUGUUGGCAGUUAAAAACAGUUUUCAAGUGUUGGAAAAAUGGUGUAACUGACGACAACUUCACAACACCGAUAAGAGAUCAUGAGUCACAACUAGUAGGAGACAGACUUGAAGCACUAUGGAAUAAAGAAAAUAUUUCAAGAAAAAAACCAUCUUUUACCAGAGCAUUGGCACAGUUUUUGGGUAUCAAAUAUGUGCUUCUUGGACUACUUUUUUCUAUAGUAGAUACACUAUCAAUGUUCCUUCAAUCCCUAUAUCUGGGUAAACUAUUGGAAUAUUUCUCAGAAAACAAAAAACUUACGGCCAAAGAAGCAUAUAUUUAUGGACUGGCCGUUGUUUUAUCUAUUUUACUUCGAGUGAUAAGUUUCCAGUUCCAUUAUUUGGAAAUUUUCAGUACUGGUUUGAAAGUUCGUACAUCUUGCUGCUCUUUAAUAUAUAGAAAGAUUAUAACUUCGAAAUUCGCCACUAUACAAAAAAAUUCUUUAGCACAUAUAUUAAACUUGUUCUCUACCGACCUUGACAAAUUUGAGACGGUUUUUUGUUAUUUUCACCGUAUGUGGAGCGCUAUUUUGAAAAUCAUCGUAGCAACAUUGUUGUUUCUUUCAUUGUCUAGUUAUCAAGGGGCCGUUGGAGUGGGAAUAAUAGUAAUUUUUUCACUUUCUCAACAUUUUUUUUUCACGAGAGCUGCUGCUCGAAGAGAAAAAGUGACCAAAGAAAGAGACAGUCGGAUACACAUAAUGAACGAUAUUAUUUUUAGAAUGAGAGAAAUCAAAACGUAUGCUUGGGAGACGCCUUUCGCUGAACUCAUAAAUAAAAUUAGGAGAUGUGAAGUUACACAUAUGAGAAAACUGAAUCACAUAUGGAACGAAAACAAUACAAUUGCGGCGUACAUUCACAAAAUAUCUAUUUACGUUUUUAUUAUACUUUUAGCAACGACUGGUACUCCUUUAAACCCACAGUUGAUUUUUAUGUCUGUAAAUAUUUACAAUUUACUUAAGAUAUCGGUGCAACAUUCAAUUAUUGCCGUUAAUUUAAUGUCAGAUCUGAAAGAGUGUAUAACCCGUAUCGAAACAUUUUUGCUUUCGGAUGAUGAAUCAAGAGUUGACACAGAAAAAAUAGAAGGUAUAGCAUGUUGUAAAAUAUAUGCUCAUAAUUUAACAGCUAAAUGGAACCCAUCACAAAACGCGGCUAUAAAAGACAUAAAUUUUAUACUUAGUGGAGGUCAGCUGGUUGCUGUUACCGGAAACACAGGGAGUGGAAAGUCUUCUUUGCUCCAAACUAUAUUACAAGAACUAUUUAUAGUUGACGGAAUUCUCUCCCAGGAUGGUUUGAUAUCUUAUGCAUCACAAAAUCCAUGGAUAUUCUCGGCAACCAUCCAAGAAAACAUCAUAUUUAAUGAAACCUUUAACCAGAACAAGUAUUUGAAUGUUCUUAAAAUUUGCGCUUUAGAAUAUGACAUAUCUCUUUUUUCCCAUGGAGACCAAACACUGGUAGGAGAAAGAGGAGCUAUGUUAAGUGGGGGCCAAAAAGCCAGAAUUAACUUGGCACGAGCUAUAUACAAAGAUGCAGACAUCUAUCUUUUAGAUAAUCCUCUAGCGGCAAUGGAUGUAUCUGUCGCUCAACAAAUUUUUACUCAGUGUAUUUUGCAAUACCUAAAAACCAAAAGUGUUUUACUAAUAACACACAAUUUAAAAUUUCUCAAUUAUUCCGACAAAGUAUAUGUUCUAGAAGACGGGAAGAUAAAGUUUUUCGGAAAAUAUGAAACACUAGAAGAGACACCAAAUAGCAUACAAGAAUACAAUAACAAAACAGUAACAAAACUUUCUGAAAAAAAUUAUAAAGCCCAAAUUGAAACUAAAGAACAUAGAGGUAGUCAUAAAGUCAACACAUAUACAACAUAUUUAUUUGCCAAUAAAAGCAAGUUCUUCGUUUAUCUUCAGUUCUUCCUUUUCAUUUUAACUCAAGUUUUUAUAAACGGUUCAGACGCGUUUUUGUCUUUCUGGAUCAAUUUGCGGCAAAAUCCUACUAGUUUUAACACAACACUACUACAAUACUUUUCCGAAGUUAAAUGUUUGUACAUUUACAGUGGAUUUAUUCUAAUAAUGGUAUUUUUGUUUCACGUGGGUUCGCUAAAUUUUGUAGAAUGCUGUAAUAACUGCUCCGUUAAGCUGCACGAUACGUUGUUCAACAAAAUUCUGUAUGGGACUAUGAAUUUCUUCGACAACCAUGCAUCUGGUCGAAUUAUUAAUAGAAUUUCUGGUGAUAUAAAUACAAUCGAUGAGAUCAUCCCCAAAAACAUGUAUCAAGUUGCGAGACAUGUUUGUUCUAUGUUAGGUGUUUAUGUCGUUGUCAGUGCUAUAAAUUAUUACAUGAUUCUCCCAACACUAAUUUUGUCGGGAAUUUUUUAUUACUGUCUACAAGCUUUCCGACCAGUACUUAAUAGCUUGAAGAAAAUCGCUGCCACACGUAAAAGUCCUAUUUAUAGUCACGUGGUUACUACCAUUGACGGAUUGACAACCAUCAAAGCUUCAAAGGCCCAAAAACAUUCUUUGUCAAAAUUUGAACGUCAUCAAGAUUCUUAUAACUCCAUUAAGUAUCUGCAUCAAGCUCUGGAUAGUUCUUAUGCUUUUUGGACAGAGUUCACGUGCAUGUUAUAUGUAGCUGUUGUCAUAUUCUUUCUAAUAAUCUUCAAAAAAAGUGAUAUGGUAGGAAACGUUGGAUUAUCCAUUACACAAUCCCUCUUAUUGACUUCGUCGAUACAGUACAUGAUCAGGAUUUAUGGUGAUCUUGACACACAGAUGACUUCAGUUGAAAGAGUCGUGGAAUAUGAUGACCUAACAAUUGAAGAUAUUAAUAAAAGUGAAGUUAAUCCUCCUACCACAUGGCCUGCAGAAGGCAAAAUACUAUUUCAAUCGGUCUCCAUGCGAUAUUCUCCAGAAAAACCGUAUAUCCUCAGAAACGUCGAUGUGGAAAUUCACUCUGGUGAAAAAAUAGGAAUCGUCGGCAGAACUGGUGCUGGAAAAUCAUCUUUAAUAAAUGCACUCUUUCACCUGUACGAAUACGAAGGAACAAUAUUAAUAGACAACGUCGAUAUAAAAAUGGUUCCUCUUGGCACUCUGAGAUCUCGAAUAGCGACUGUUCCUCAAGAUCCUGUUCUUUUUUCAGGUACUAUACGCGAAAAUUUAGAUCCUUUCAAGGAAUUCACGGACUGCCAGUUAUGGAAUGUUCUGGAAGAAGUGAAUCUAAAACAUAUUGUUUCAAAUUUACCCUCUGGUUUGAGCAGUUCUCUUUCGGAAGCCGGAGUCAAUUUUAGUACGGGACAGAAACAACUAAUGUGUUUAGUUAGAGCUAUUUUGAAAAAAUCCACAAUUAUUGUUCUUGACGAAGCAACUGCCUUUCUUGACUUAGACACCGACAAACUAAUUCAAGCUACAAUUCAGAAGAUAUUUCAUAAGGCAACAGUUUUAAGAAUUGCACAUAGACUGGACAGUGUGAUGCAUUCGGAUAAGAUUUUGGUUUUAGACGAUGGUUGUGUUGUGGAAUUUGGCACCCCGAAUGAACUUCUACAAAACGUAGAUGGUUAUUUUUACAAAUACGUCCACGAAUAUGAAAAUUCUUCAUUAAACAAUCAGACUUCCAUUUGAAAAUUUAAGUUGAAAUAA